UCCAGUGCACAAAUGAGAUGAAUGUCAACAUCCCACAGCUGGCAGACAGUUUGUUUGAAAGAACUACUAACAGUAGCUGGGUAGUGGUCUUCAAAUCUCUCAUCACAACCCAUCAUCUAAUGGUGUAUGGAAAUGAGCGUUUUAUCCAGUAUCUGGCGUCCAGAAACACAUUGUUUAAUUUGAGCAAUUUCCUAGACAAAAGUGGAUUGCAAGGUUAUGACAUGUCAACGUUUAUCAGACGGUAUAGUAGGUAUCUGAAUGAAAAGGCAGUUUCCUAUAGACAAGUGGCUUUUGACUUCACAAAAGUAAAAAGAGGGGCCGAUGGAGUGAUGAGAACAAUGAGCACAGAAAAACUCUUAAAAACUGUACCAAUUAUACAGAAUCAAAUGGAUGCACUACUUGACUUCAAUGUCAAUAGCAAUGAACUUACAAAUGGUGUAAUUAAUGCUGCCUUCAUGCUUCUCUUCAAAGAUGCCAUUAGACUGUUCGCGGCAUAUAACGAAGGGAUUAUUAACCUCUUGGAAAAAUACUUUGAUAUGAAAAAGAACCAGUGCAAAGAAGGCCUUGAUAUAUACAAGAAGUUCCUCACUAGAAUGACACGGAUCUCGGAGUUCCUUAAAGUUGCAGAGCAAGUUGGAAUUGACAGAGGAGACAUACCAGAUCUCUCACAGGCACCGAGUAGCCUUCUUGAUGCUUUGGAACAACAUUUAGCUUCUCUAGAAGGGAAGAAAAUCAAAGAUUCCACAGCUGCAAGCAGGGCUACCACCCUUUCCAAUGCGGUCUCUUCCCUUGCAAGCACUGGCCUGUCCCUCACAAAAGUUGAUGAAAGGGAAAAACAAGCUGCGUUAGAGGAAGAACAGGCUCGCUUAAAAGCUUUAAAGGAGCAACGUCUAAAAGAACUUGCAAAGAAACCUCAUACCUCUUUAACAACUGCAGCUUCUCCUGUGUCGACUGCAGCAGGAAGCAUAAUGACUACACCAGCCAUUGAUAUUUUUUCUACCCCUAGCUCUUCAAACAGCACUUCAAAGCUGCCAAAUGAUCUGCUUGAUUUGCAGCCAACUUUUCAUCCCUCUGUACACCCCAUACCUGCUGCUCCACAAGUCGGAAGUACCUGGGGAGAUCCUUUUUCUGCUACUGUUGAUAGUGUUGAUGAUGCCAUUCCAAACCUAAAUCCUUUCCUUACAAAAACUAACGAUGCUGCUCAUCUGUCUGUGUCUUCUGAUGUAUCUACUUUCACCAGUAGGACACCCACACAUGAAAUGUUUGUUGGGUUCACUCCAUCUCCUGUUGCUCAACCACAGCCGUCAGCUGGCCUUAAUGUUGACUUUGAGUCUGUGUUUGGAAACAAAUCUUCUAAUGUUGUCCUAGAUUCUGGCGGCUUUGAUGAACUAGGUGGUCUUCUAAAACCAACAGUGGCCUCUCAAAACCAGAGUCUUCCAGUUGCCAAAGUACCACCUAACAAAUUAGUGUCAGAUGAUCUGGAUUCAUCUUUAGCCAAUCUUGUAGGCAAUCUGGGCAUUGGAAAUGGAACUACCAAAAAUGAUGUAAACUGGACUCAGCCAGGUGAGAAGAAACUCACAGGUGGUUCCAACUGGCAACCCAAGAUUGCACCUACAACUGCGUGGAAUGCUCCGACGUUGAAUGGCAUGCAUUUUCCACAAUACGCACCACCUGUAAUGGCAUAUCCCGCCACAACGCCGACUGGGAUGAUGGGCUACGGGAUG